UAGGGAUACUAUUCACAAUUGUUGAAAAACAAUAACCAAAACAAUAGACUGUUUGAUAAGAUCAUGGAAAAAACAACCAGAUCCUUUAAAGGAAUAUUCAAUUAAAAAUCAGCUGCUUAGCUUAACAAUAAUAACAACACAUUUCACAAUUAUGCAAUCAAGUUGGAUCCACCUAAAAGAAAAGAUCACGUCGGACGAAAAUUGUGAAAUGUGAACGAUAUUGAAACAUCUCAUCAAAAACUUUUUUAAAUUUUAUCUUAGGACGCAUACAAUAUACAGUCAGUUAUGUAUUAAACUAUUUUCGUACACAGCUGUUGCAAGUUUUCUCAACAAUCGGUAAAUUUCAAUUGUUUAACCUCAUCGUCUUUCCAUGAAGCAUCAUAGAAUUAUCUAAGGCUAAGAUGAGUAUUACUUCAGACAUUGUACCCGAGGUACAGCCGGGUGUAUUUAUUUAUAACUCAUAUACAAUUUUGAGCAAUUUUGAGUCUGCUAAUCUCGCUCGAGUAAAAUAUGUCAGCAAACAGAUUCCUGGCAUUGACGAAGAUUUGGAAUUUCAUUUAUGGACAAACCCAGACUGUGGUGGCACAGAGUUUGAAUGCAACUACAAGUCAUGGUUCUACUUUGCCUUAAAAGGAGGUACUCCUGGUAUGCAUGUAAGAUUAAAUAUAGUGAGUUCAAAUAAUCAAAGUAAAAUGUAUAGUCAAGGCAUGACUCCUGUAUUUAAAGUUGAUUUAGGAAAAUCUGAUAAAUCAAAUGAAAAAUUUUGUAAAGCAUCGUGGUCAAGAAUAAAAGAAAUACCAACUUAUCAGAUAAACAAUAAUCAAGAAUUUGUAUUGAGUUUUAGUCAUCGUUCUUUAAAAAAUAUUGAAGCUACAACAUAUUAUGCUUUUACUUAUCCUUACACUUAUACUGAGCUAUGUAACAGCUUAAGUUUUUAUGAAAAACAAUUUUCAUUACCGUCAGAUUUAAGAGAAGUCAAUGAGACAGAUGUUUAUUUUUAUCGAGAAACUAUUGUAAAAUCCUUAGAAAAUCGUUCUGUGGAUUUAUUAACUAUUAGUUCCUUCAAAGGUAUUUCAGAAGAAAGGGAAUGUCGUUUGUUUGGAUUAUUUCCAGAGGAAAAACCUAGGUCAUAUGUUUUCAAAAAUAAAAAGGUUAUAGUAAUGAGUGCUAGAGUGCAUCCAGGUGAAACACCUUCUAGUUUUGUGAUGAAUGGUUUGAUAAAAUAUUUAGUUAGUAAAGAUGAACAAGCUAAUAUAUUACGUCAAAAUUAUGUUUUUAAACUUAUUCCCAUGCUAAAUCCAGAUGGAGUUGCUAGAGGAUUUUAUCGUACAGAUACUAGAGGUUGUAAUCUCAACAGGUUUUAUCUAAAACCAUCUUUGAAACUUCAUCCAUCUAUUUAUGCUGCCAGAUCAUUGAUCUUGUACCAUCACUUUGGAUAUGAAUUACGAGACGAAUUAAUCGAAGAAAAUUCUACAUCAGUUUUUUGUAGUUCAUCGGUUAACAAUGAUGAAUUAAAUACUAAAAUGAAACCAACAGUUUUAAAUAAUGAUGUAGAUUCGUUCAAUGUUCUAUUAAAGAAGAGUCAAACGCGUACAGCUGAUUGUUUUACAAAUAAAGGCCUUGACUCUGGAUUGUAUUUAUAUGUUGAUUUUCAUGGCCAUGCAUCCAAAAAAGGGAUAUUUAUGUAUGGAAAUAAUUUUGACAACAUAGCUGAUAACAUUGAAUGUAUGGUUUAUCCCACACUUAUGACUAUAAACAAUCAAAACUUUCAUUACACUUCUUGUAAUUUCAGCAAGCGUAAUAUGUAUUCUAAGGAUAAGAAAUUUGGUCUAAGUAAAGAAGGAAGUGGUCGAGUUGCUGUUCUUAAAUAUACAGGUCUUAUACGUAGUUAUACUUUAGAAUGUAACUACAAUACUGGCAGAUUUGUUAACUACAUUCCUCCUAAAGUGCAUUUUGUUUCUGAAAGAAGACCUAUUCAAAGUGUUAUUCCACCUAAAUUUACACCAUCUGUUUUUGAACAGGUUGGAAAAUCAUUGGCAAUUUCAAUUUUGGAUUUAUCAAAUUUAAAUCCAAACAGUCGGUUAGAUAGCAGUGAAUUUAAAUCAUUGGCAGGUUUAAGGGAGCUGUUACGUUCAAAUAUCAUUAAUGAUUGUAGCCGUAAUCGACGAUUAGGAUCAAAAUCUACAAGCAGUUUAAGUGUUGAUACACCAAUUACAUCAAAACAAACAAAGAAAUCUUCAAUAUCUUAUGAUCUGAUGAAUCCAUCUACGUCCAAAUUAUUGCAACCCAUUAUGACUAUUGCUGUGGCACCAAAAGGAAAAUCAGGCCCACUCCAUAAAACUAUUAAAAAAAGUGGAAUAUUAAAAAAAAAUCAAAAAAAACGAAAGAUGACACCAAAUAAACAAAAAGCAGUUGCAAAUACUUCAGAUAAUAUAAUAUUUUCUAUACAUAAUUAUCCUUAACAUUAAGAUUAAAAUAAUAUACAUAACUUCUUAAAAAAAAAUUGUUAAAAGUUAAUCGAAGUUACUAACCUUUUUUUGUAAGCAUAGCUAUGAAAAUCAACAUUUAAAAUAUGGCCCCUUAUUGGUUAAAAUAGUCAAUCGGACAGUUUUUUUUUUUUAAGAAGAGUAUUUAGAAGAGUCAUUUUAGUUUACUCAACAUAAUAUGUAACAAAAUAUUGUUACAACUUUACUAACAAGUAUUUAAUUUAUCAUAAUUUGUAAACAUACUAAAAUGUUGAUGUUUUUAUAUUUGUUGUGUCCUAUACAUUUGAAUAGACAUUUCAAUUAGAUCGCCUCGUAAUUUGUAUCCAAUAUGAUAAUCAAAGAUCUAUUAUAAUAAUUUAAAGCUAUAGUAUUUGAAAAAGAAUUUAUGAUUUUACACCAUUGCACAGUAGUAAACUGUGGAAAAAAAUAAAUAACCAAUUGAUUUACUAAGGCCACCAUUAAUUGUAUGAUUUAAAUUGACUACUACUUACUACUAUAUAAUAGUGUACUCUUAAUAUAUUUAUUAUUAUUUUGUGUUUGUAUAAACCAUUAUAAUAUAUGAAGGACUUAAAUUUAAUUA